AUGGCGCCGCCCAAGAAGGUGCUGAUGCUGUGCGGCGACUACAUGGAGGACUACGAGGCGGCCGUGCCCUUCUACGCGCUGGCCGGCCUGGGCGUCGCCGUCCACUGCGCCGCCCCGGGCAAGGCCCCCGGCGACCCCUGCCUCACCGCCGUGCACGACUUCCUCGGCUACGAGCUCUACACGGAGCUCCCCGGCCACCGCUUCCGCGUCACCGCCGACUUCGCCGCGGCGGCGGCCGACCCGUCCUCGUACGACGCGCUCGUCGUCCCGGGCGGCCGCUUCGUGGAGCAGCUCAGCGUUGACGCCGAGGCGGUCGCCCUCGUCAGGGCGUUCGCGGGCGAGCUGCGCCGGCCGGUCGUGCUCACGUGCCACAGCCAGGUCCUCCUCGCCGCCGCGGGCGCCAUGGGCGGCGUCCGGUGCACCGCGUUCUUCAGCUUGCGGCCCGUGGUGGAGCUGGCCGGCGGGACCUGGGUCGAGCCCGAUCCCUUCAGCCUGUGCGUCGCCGAUGGCCACGUCCUGACCGCCAUCGGGUGGCCCGCGCACGGGGAGAUCAUCGGGCAGCUCCUGCGCGCCUUGGGCGGCCGAGUCCUCGGCGGGCGCGGCCAGGGCGUCCUCUUCCUCUGCGCCGACUACGUGGACGACUACGAGGCGAACGUGCCCUUCCGCGCGCUGGCCGGCGUGGGCUGCCGCGUGGAGGCGGCGUGCCCGACGAAGCGCAAGGGCGAGCCGUGCGUCACGGCGAUCUACGACGACGUCGCCGUGGCCCCCGGCGCGGUGAGCGACGAGAAGCGUGGGCACAACUUCGUGAUGACCGUGGACUGGGCCGACAUCAACGUCGACGACUACGAGUGCGUGGUCGUGCCCGGAGGCCGGUCGCCGGAGCUGCUCGUGACGAACGAGAAGGCGGUGGCGCUGGUGGGGCAGUUCGCGGCCAAGGGGAAGGUGGUCGCCAGCAUCGACCAGGGGCACCUCGUCCUCGCCGCGGCGGGGCUCCUCAAGGGCAAGCGGUGCGCGAGCGGAGUGCCCAUGAGGGUGGUCUCCAACCUCGCCGGCGCGGCGGCCGUGGAGCCCCAAGGGGCGGUCGCCGACGGGAAGCUCGUGACGGCGGCGAGCUGGCCGGACCUUGCCGAGUUCAUAGCUCGCCUCGUGGAUCUCUUGGGCAUCACCGUCUCGUUCUAA